CAUGGUUUGUACUUGCAUCUGUGAUCUGCCACGCAGGCACAUUGAAGUCAACCAACCGCAGUGGAUGGGUGGGAUCACCAAGAAUAGUCUGGUAGCCACGUAGCGAGCUAACAACGUUAGCUGUGCAGCGAACGUCACAAUGGACUUGCCACAUCAAGGGUACCGCGCAAGUGCUAAACCGAGAGCUCGUGCAGCUCCCUCCACAUCUGAUUCUAUCCUGUUUGAUGACACCAGCUCUGCAGCACCAGCAAUGAACAAUCCAGUUUACUACACUCCUGGGUACAAUAUGGCAGGACCCUCAAAUGACAUGCAAGGAGGUGCUGUGCCGAACAACAUGUUUACUGACCCAAUGGCCAAUGCUGCGUUGAUGUACGGCUCCUCAUUAGCCAACCAAGGAAAGGAUAUCGUGAACAAAGAGAUCAGCAGAUACAUGUCUGUGAACAAGCUGAAAUACUUCUUUGCAGUUGACACCAGAUAUGUAUUGAAGAAGCUUAUGAUCCUCAUGUUCCCUUACACGCAUCAGGAUUGGGAAGUUCGUUACCAUCGGGACGCUCCACUGACUCCAAGACAGGAUGUGAAUGCACCCGAUCUUUACAUACCAACGAUGGCUUUCAUUACCUACAUUCUACUGGCUGGAAUGGCCCUCGGCAUUCAAAAACGGUUCAGUCCAGAGGUUCUUGGACUGUGUGCCAGCACCGCCCUGGGGUGGGUCAUCAUCGAGGUCCUGGUGAUGCUGUUGAGUCUGUACCUGCUGACGGUGCACAGCGACCUCUCCACCUUUGAUCUCAUCGCCUACAGUGGAUACAAAUAUGUUGGGAUGAUCUUCACGGUGUUGUGUGGCUUAGUGUUCGGCAGUGAUGGUUAUUAUGUGGCACUUGCCUGGUCCUCUUGUGCCCUUAUGUUCUUCAUUGUUCGAUCUCUGAAAAUGAAGAUCCUGCCCUCUCUCUCUUCGGACUCCAUUGGAACCGGACCAAGUUCCAAACCCCAAUUCCGCCUUUAUAUCACUGUGGCUACUGCCUUGUUUCAGCCAAUCGUUAUAUACUGGUUAACCUCUCAUUUGGUCAGGUGACCGUGAUGCAUUCAAUAACUUGAAGUCCAAUUUUAUUGGAGCCAAAACAUUUUGUUGUUGAAUGUUUGUACACCUGCCUUUAUACGCUGGUUUGUCAGUAAAUGUCUCAUGUAAAGUAAUUCUGACAAAUGCUUAUUUUUGGCCACCUAACUUUGAAGACAAGGGCUUUCUUUGUGAGAUCCUUUUAAUCAUAACAUUGAUUCAGUUCAAGUUUCCUUUUAUAUAACAUCCCUGGACCUGCUUUACAGUAUUUCACCCCACAGUACACACACCACACAGACAUAAAACGCACAUUACACACAUGAUUCGAGUACCAUUUUCCGGUAUGGGUGUGUUGCUGCUUUAUCCCCCUUUCUCUUGUGAGUUUUGGGUCGUAUUUAUCUACAUUUGACAAAGCAUGACAAUGUUUGGAUUUUUUGUAGAAAAAAAUAAAUAUAUUUAGCUUUGUGUAUUCAAUUA